CGGUGACAUACCAUUUCCAAUUUCUCGUUUCCUUGCUGUAUUAAAUCUAACGAGGCCCGCCGGUCCGUUAUUAUAACGCUUUGGACGCACAAAUCCACAAACUGGCUGUUUUGAGUGUUUUCUUUGAACUUCUUGGUUUUCCUGUAAGACUUUAAGAUACCAGUUCUACUACAAUGGCAGCGACUCAGACCCAAGUUUAUGAUGACACCAAAGAGGGCAAGGAACAUACCGAGCACGCGGAUGUUAGGAAGAUCCGGAUUACUCUCACCUCCACGGAUGUAGCCGCACUCGAAAAAGUUUGUACGGAAUUCAUUCAGAAAUCGAAAGAGAAGCGCGUGCGAACCAAAGGCCCAGUCCGCAUCCCCACGAAAGUGCUCCGCAUUACAACCCGGAAAACGCCGUGCGGUGAAGGAUCCAAGACCUGGGAUCGAUUCCAGAUGCGCAUUCACAAAAGAGUUAUCGAUCUGUUCAGCAUACCUGACACUGUUAAGCAGAUCACUUCCUUUUCUAUUGAAGCUGGUGUCGAAGUGGAGGUGUCGAUUGAAGGAAAGUAGAGUAUUUAUAACGUGAAAUUGUUCGCGCAAAAUGGAAACUCUAAAAUAAAACCUGACCGCAUUAUUGGAUUUGGUGAUUAUUUUGUUUGCUGAUUUCGAUUUACUUACUUACCUCGUACAUAAAGGAACAACAGCUUGCAGAUGUGUUUGAAUCGCCGUUUAUGUAGUG